AAAGCAUCCACAGCUCCCUAAGACCCUGACACACUCACACACCUUAAAACCAAGAAAAAAAAAAAAGAAAAAAUCCAAUAAACUCUUGGAAAUAGAAAAGAAAUUUCAUCUUGUAGUCAAUCUCUAUCUCCAAACUCGUUUUCUUUUUUCUUUUUUUUUUGGUUCAUAUGUUGGAACUCUCUUGCCCUUUGCCCUUUUCAAUUCUUUAGCUUUGAUCAGUUUCAGUUUCACUUCUUUCCACUAGCUUCUCUGUCUUUCACUCUCAGCUAACUUUUCUGGAAUCGAAAAUUUUUUUUGCUUCUUCUAUCUCUCCCUUGUUGUUCCACCUUUGAAUCAUCCUUAAUCAAGAUCAUUAGCUAAACCAAGAUCCAAACCCAGUUUUCUAUUGCUUUGUAAUCUUCUGUUUGUUAGUUCAAGAACUUCAAAGACCAUGGCUAAUCGAUGGUGGGCAGCGCAAGUGGGAUUACAAGGAAUGGAAACAUCAGCUACUUCAUCAUCUCCAAUGAAGAAACCAGAUCUGGGUAUAUCCAUGACAAACAAUGGAGAAACAGGAAGUGGAGCAACUGGAGAAGAAGAAGAUGAAAAAGAGCAUAGCGAUGAGCCUAGAGAAGGAGCUAUAGAAGUCUCCACUCGUCGUCCAAGAGGUCGUCCACCAGGUUCCAAAAACAAGCCCAAACCUCCUAUUUUCGUCACUAGAGAUAGCCCUAAUGCACUAAGAAGUCACGUUAUGGAAAUAGCUAAUGGUUCUGAUGUAGCUGAAACCCUAUCUCAGUUUGCUAGAAGAAGGCAAAGAGGGGUUUGUGUUCUUAGUGGAAAUGGAACGGUCACAAACGUGACACUUAGGCAACCUUCUGCUCCUGGUGCAGUCAUGGCUCUUCAUGGUAGGUUUGAGAUUUUGUCUUUAACUGGUGCUUUUUUGCCUGGACCUGCUCCUCCAGGGUCAACCGGGUUAACAAUAUACCUAGCUGGUGGUCAAGGCCAGGUGGUUGGAGGUACUGUAGUAGGGUCACUGGUGGCAUCAGGGCCUGUUAUGAUAAUAGCAGCAACUUUUUCUAAUGCUACUUAUGAGAGGUUGCCCUUGGAGGAGGAAGAAGAGGGAGGUGUUGGGGCUCAAGGGCAGCUUGGUGGUGGGAGUGGCGGGUCACCACCAGGGAUCGGCAGUGGCAGUGGAGGGCAUCAGCCAGGUGGGAUAGGUGGUGGUGAUGGUCCAGGAUUGCCAGUUUAUAACAAUUUGCCACCAAAUUUGGUUCAUAAUGGUGGGCAGUUGAACCAUGAGGCUUAUGCUUGGGCACAUGGUGGAAGGCCAUCGUAUCAGUAAACACUAAAGAGAAGAGAAAGUGAAAUAGAAAAUACUUGUGAGAGGAAAGGGAUAAUUCAUCAGGUAUUUAAUUUCUACUAAUUCAGUUAUUCUGAUGAUGAAAGAGAUAUAUAUUAAAAAUGAAAUUAGGCCAAUAUAUUUUGUAAAUUUUACAACAAACCAUAUAUGCUUUCACUUGCAGAAUAAAAUGUUAGUUUCUUACACUGCCUUUCUCUUUGUUUUUUUUAAUCCCAAUUUUUAUAGCUGAUGAUGGUAUAUGUUCGAGUUGAGGGGGUUAAAAUAAGA